AUGGUCAUAUGCAUGUUGCACGGGCAUUCCGCGGCCCGCAAAACUCACUCCCCCAACGCGCAUUUGCUCCCUCCGCGCGCAAUCGCGGCCCCCACGCGCAAUCGCGACCCCCGCGCGCACUCGCUCCCCCCGCGCGCACUCGCUCCCGCCCGCGCGCACUCGCUCCCCCCGCGCGCACUCGCUCCCCCCGCGCGCACUCGCUCCCCCAGCGCCCACACCCACUCCCCCCGCGCGCACACGCUCUCCCAGCGCGCAUUCGCUGCCCCCGCGUGCACUCGAUCCCCCCGCGCAUUCCCCCUUCCGCAUUCCCGCAUUUCCCCUUCCGCAUGCCCCCUGUUUCCCCCCUGCAGGCCCCCUGUUUCCCCCCUGCAGGCCCCAUGUUUCCCCCUGCAGGCCCCCUGUUUCCCCUCCUUUCCCCGCACCCCCCCCCCCCUCUGUAUCCCCUCCUUUCCCCCCCUGCGUCCCCUCCUUUCCCUCCCUCAUUUUCCUCCUUUCCGCCCCUGCUUCCCCUCCUUCCAUCAUCCUCACCCAUCCAUCCUCACCCCACCCAUCCUCACCCCAUCCAUCCUCACCCCAUCCAUCCUCACCCCACCCAUCCUCACCCCAUCCAUCCUCACCCCAUCCAUCCUCACCCCACCCAUCCUCACCCCAUCCAUCCUCAUCCCACCCAUCCUCACCCCAUCCAUCCUCACCCCACCCAUCCUCACCCCAUCCAUCCUCACCCCACCCAUCCUCACCCCAUCCAUCCUCACCCCACCCAUCCUCACCCCACCCUGCAUAAACCCUUUCCUCGCUCGCCUAUCCUCCCCAUUGCCUGCCAGCACCGUCACAUUUUCCGCGUCGCCUACAAGUAGAAGUUAG